AUAUAUAUGUUUUAUAGCAUCGAGUAAAAUAAAAAAACUCCUGGGUGACAAACAGCAGAAGAGCCGCGGACAAUGGGCCAUUAUUCUCAGUUAACUGUCGCGCGAUGACAUCACACAUCAACGGUGUGGAUAACAGCGGCAUAAAUACUCAUGAACGGUUCCCACAGACAGGUGAACGGCUGCGUCUGACCUUUGCCGAGUCUGUAGAGCACUUUUAAACUUCACUAAAUCAGUGGCGGAGGCAGCAGCACUUCAACUUGAACGCUGGCUGUGUGUGUGUUUGUUUUUUUGUUUUUUUCAGUCAACACGCGUCACAAUAGACACCAUUCAGGGCCAUAAUAGGAGCAAGGGCCUGGCUUUUCUUUUGUGCCUCAGUGUCUGUGUGUUCUGUUUGUUUUUCUUAAGCUGAUUUCAGAUCCGAGGGACACAGAUGAUGGAUGGCCAGUGAAUGAGGUUAUUCUCAUUGGAAUACUUUAGUGAGGUGAUUUAUUUCUGAGAUUUUUUUUUUUGGAAGCCUUUAUUUUCAUACACUGGGCGUUUUACUUUUUUUUUUUCCUACGUCGUCACUGUCACCGAGGAGAAGAAACUAAGUUUCCUUCGUUCUAAUAGAGCCACAGCCGUAAAGAGGGAUCAAAAGUGUUUUUUAGAGGAAAUUGUAGCAGCAGCCGUCUCAACUAAGACUACAUCAAACUUUCUUAAUUUAAGAGCAUAAUGGAGGGCACAACAGCACGUCUAUGUCUUUUUCUGCUACUCCUGAUCGGUGCCAUCCACGGAGACCAAGACUUUUCAACAAUGCAGAUGAACACACCCAGCUCUGACCUAGAGAACACCCUGCAAACUGCCGUCGAGUCCAGCGCCUUCAACACCGACGACACAGACUUUUUCGACACCAACGGCACUCGAGCCGACUGCUUGAUUGACACUGAAAUGGGUCUGAUUGCCGUAGGUUCAGCUGGAGGGCUGAUCGUCUGUCUUCUUGUUGCCACCGUGGUACUGGCCUGCCAAGUCUGCCACCUUCAGAAGAGGGUUUAUCUUCCCCGAACCUCUAGGUCAAACACGAAUUUGGUCGGCGGUUCGAGCUACUGGGACGCAGACCAGUCCGACGGUGGGGGAGUGGUCGGGCCGUGUGACAGCAGCGUCAUCCUUGAGGAGGUGACAACGGAAGGUAAGACAGAAGCAGAAGGCUCAUCUCAAAGAGAAGACGCAAAGGAGGAGGCCAGUACAGGACUAGAAGAAGGAGCGGUGGCGAUGGCUUUGCUCCCAAAAGAAAAACCCAGGCAGUCGCCCAUCUCCAGCUCCAGGGACUACGGCCUGGAGGUGCCCAGGGAUCUGGAGGAUAUGCCCCUUGUUGUGUGAGGAGUCGAGUCACAAAAUCCAGUACAACUUCUUACCCAAAAUAUCUACCAUUGAGUUUAUAUAAUGAUCUAUAUUUGAUCUGUAAACGUCCAGUCAAAAACCUUUUCCAGUUCCUUUCAACGUAAAGUCUUUGGUCUGAAAAAACCCAAUGCUGAUACAGUACAUUAAGUGUGGUUUCUGAGGUAAAAAAAAAAGAAAAUUCUAUUACACCCUUCUUUCAAAAGCGAAAAACAGUUAACUGUUAAAAAACAUAUAUUGAAGUAGACACUUACAGGUCAAACGUUUUGGGAACGAUAAGAAUGAUUUGUAACUUUGCCGAUCAUAAGAUGAAUGAUUGGGAAAAAGACAAGAAAAAAUGCCUUUUGAAAAAAUGACAAAGCAAAGAAUAAAUCUGCCGUAAUUUACAUGCUCCCUCUUUUUUGUCACUCAAAAACAUCAUGUGUGAGAAAGUGGGCGUCAGACUGUUUUAAGUGUUUAACAAAAUAACCGAGUGCCAAAAAACAAAUGAAGAUACUCACAAAACAUAAAGUACAACAGAGUCAAAGUUAACGUCACAAUCUCUCACGAUUUUGCUUCUUUAUCCACUUUUGACUGAUGAAUAGAACAUUGUGUAAAUGUUCCACUAACAGUUGAUAUAUUGGUGAGUCUCUGAGGACGUGGCUUUUUAAUACAAUGAUGGUGUACACAGAGAAAAUGUGUUGAUGUGAAAGUUAAAAAUAAAGUGAUUUUUUUUCUUCUUUUUUGUUUUGCAUUAAACCAAUUUGUUCUAUUUGCAUGAUGAUGGCACUGGUCCGGCUUCACUUGACAUCUAAUUUGGAUGCAUGUGGCAUCGUGAACCAAAAACGAGUUUGACAUCCCUGAUCUAAACUGAAUAGACAACAUAAAUUAGGAAUUUAAACUGCAGUGAAACCCAGUUCAUCACCUUUGGACAGAGGUGAUGACCGGCUCUGCCUCUGUGAUUCACCACCUCCACCACCAUAACUGAACUUCCUAUGAGGCAACGGUGGCAAGUUUCAUUUAAAAGCAGCUCCUUCCUGUCACUACUUCCGUCUUUCACUGCAGAGACGACUUUCUAGAAAACCAAACGUGGUUUGAGUAAUCCCACUCUAAACUCUCUUUUUUUGCUGGCUUGAAUUACAGAACAGCAGCUGAAGUGAAAAAAAAAAUGACGCUCCAUUUCUUCAGCAUUUUACUUUUGUGGUUACUGCCGCUCAGCGCAGGCCUAAGUGCAUUUACUGCCAAGCCAUCAGUGCCAUCAACGCAAUCCACAGACGACGUAAGUGUGACGGAGGAAAAAACAAUGAACCCCAGUGGAAAACCGCUUAUUUUGGUGAGUCAGACAACACUUCCUGUGUCACACCCGGUGGACCCAAAAGCAGCAAGGCCAUCCUUUUCCACAAUGUCUCAAGUCAACAUUUCAACAGCAGACUCAACAUCCGCAGGAACAGUUGACCUUGAAACGACGACGUCAUCAACGGCCGCUGAGACGACCGGUCAGGAUGAAAAGACAACUCGGGUUGUUUUUAGCACUUCAACCCAGUUUGGUAACUCCACCCAGAGCCAAAGCCCAGGCACGACAUCGGACAGUGUUAACAUUACUGAUGGAAACACACAGCCCAUCUCAGCAGCUGUUACUUUGACUACGACUACAAAGACGUCUAGCACAAGAACGACAGCCAAAAAGGGCGCUACGCCAUCAACACCUCCGAAAAAAACCACAGGUGAUAAAGACCAAACUAAAGCAAAGAAAAAACAGCAAAAGGACACAUUCCACAGUAAAUUGGCCGCAGGAUUGAUAGGUGGAGCCCUGGUAGGGAUGAUGGUGGGAUUCCUGAUCAUCUUCCUUAAAAGGAGAGGCAUUCAGAAGCAACAACUGAUCACGGCGGAGUGGGCCGGACCGUCACCUUUUGUACAGAACGGCUCAGACGACGAUCACACGCACGGGUCAGACAACAAAAUCGUUCUCACAAACUUCCUGCCUCAGAGACUGUCGAAAAGGUUCUCUUUCCUCCACGACACAGGCGAGGAGAUGAAGGAACUGAAACCAGGGACGACCUUUGGAGAUAAACACCGAGAAGAAAAACCCGUGUGCCAAACAAGUGGAAAAGAUCCUGAAGACACCAAGGAGACCGCUCCAGUUGUUCAAGAACCCAAAAGCACAGAGUCACAGCAACAAGCAGAGAGUCAAACAGGUCCACGAGAACCUCAACCAGCAAAGGACACACUAUAGUCAUGUCUGUCCCAGUGUCUGUCCCAACGUAAUAAUGGCCAAAACUGUGUUGGUUAGCAUUAGGAAUGCAAAUGGAAUAUUUGAAGAUUUUUUUUUAAUGUUGUAUUAAUUGUGCACGGUAUGUUUUAGAUUUAUUCAAAUAAAAAUGUAAACGUGAAAA